GUAGGCCCAACGCGCCUCGUCUGUGAGAGGAACAGAAACUAAAAAGGCUCCGCGUCUCACAUGACACAAGCCAAUACAGGAAGCGCCCGGGGGCAGCUAUCAGCGGCGGAAAACAACAACCGUCACCAUACGAACUCAUCCAGCCGAACAAAAAUGACCUUGUGCCGCACAGGAAGCCAUUGACGUUCAAGAUUAAAACAAACUCCGUGGAAAGUCGACGAUGGAGGUGAAAGGAGCGCUCGGCGUCGCUCUUCUGUUUGUCGUUUCCCUAAUAACGCAGGUAAAUUGCCAAGAGGCUGUUUUGCACAUCUCAAAUGGAAGUUUGUAUCGGGAUUACUGCCUCGUCUACAAUCACUCCUGGACUCCUCUUGAAGACACACUCGUUAAAGCUCCGACGUACAAGCUGGUGAAUCUGACGUCCACUGUGCUGUGUGACACCUCAGGAGUCCGACUAGAGGCGGUAAAGGGCAAAGCUCUGGUGGUGAUGAGGGGGCAAUGCAAUUUCAGCCAGAAGGCUAUUGUCGCCCAAAAACUUGGCGCUAAGGCGCUGCUUAUUGCGAGCAACACAACACUGAUCACUCCAUCAGCCAACGAGUCUGAGUAUCCAAAGGUCCACAUUCCUCUGGCUCUCAUGAGGUACAUGGACUUCCUGACCGCCGAGCGUGUGUUUGGCGAAGGAAUGGAAGUGAAGCUGUACGCGCCGCAGUACUCCAAGAUUGAUCCGAACAUCGCCGUCCUGCUGCUGAUCGCUAUAGCAACGGUGGCUUUGGGCGGCUUAUGGAGUGGAGCUUGUGAACGCGAGCGACUGAAGAGCUACGCUGCCGGAGGAGGAGCAGAAGAACACAAAACGGACAGCAGCAGAGUCCUCUACUCCCCCCUCAGCAUCAUCAUCUUCGUCAUCGUGAUGUGCGGGAUGCUGGUGCUCAUGUACUUCUUCUACAACGUUCUCGUUUACAUCAUUAUUGUCAUCUUCUGCUUCGCCACCGCCUCGGCACUGUUCAGCUGCCUGGAUGCGGUGCUGGACUUAAUCCGUUGUGGCACUUUAAGCUUUUCUGUGCGUAACAAGAGCUUCUCAGUGAGGUCCAUCCUGCUGGCUUCUGUGUGCAUUAGCGUCGCUGUGAUCUGGGGAGUGUACAGAAAUGAAGACAGGUGGAUCUGGAUCCUGCAGAACUUGCUUGGUAUUGCUUUUUGCCUCAACUUCAUGAAGACCAUCACACUGUCCAAUUUCAAGAUCUGUGUGAUCCUGCUGACUCUCCUCCUGCUCUAUGAUGUCUUCUUUGUGUUCAUAACGCCUUUCUUCACAAAGAAUGGAGUCAGCAUCAUGGUGCAGGUUGCGCUCGGCCCCGACGCGUCUGGGGAGAAGACACAAGGUAACAUGGUGGAGAUCCCCGCUGAACCCCAGCCUCCUUCUGAGAAAAUACCUGUGGUGAUGCGUGUCCCGCGGUUCUCAGCUUGGGCUCAGAACCUGUGUGGGCUGCAGUUCUCCAUCCUGGGUUACGGAGAUAUCAUUGUCCCAGGCCUCCUGGUGGCCUAUUGCAGCAGGUUUGACGUUUGGAUCAACAGCAGGAAGAAAGUCUACUUCAUCAGCUGCGGUUUUGCCUAUCUCCUGGGACUGGUGCUGACCUUUGCAGUGAUGCUGCUGUCGGGGAUGGGCCAGCCCGCCCUGCUCUACCUGGUGCCUUUCACCUUGAUAACCUCCGCCGUGGUUGCGGGCUGCAGGGGGGAGAUGAGGCAGUUCUGGACGGGAACAACAUACGAGCAGGUUUUGGAUUCACCCAGGGAACCUUUGCUACCAGAGGGAAGAACUGACCGGGCCGUAGGGGAAAGCUGCUGAGCUCCGACUCCUGGAUUCACUUUUUUUGUCUUUCUUUUUUUUUUUUUUACAAUGGUUGUUUUUAUUUUUUUAUUUCACAUUUGCAUUGCAAGGGAACACAUCAUGCCUAUUCUGACUUUUCUGACAACUUAGAAUCACUUUCACUGACUUGAUCGGGAGCUUGGGAACUACUGGAUCGAGGCAGAGGAGAUGUUGGAGUAUUUGAAACGUCUUGUAGUGCCUGAGAGGUCUGUUAUGUUCACUAGCAGAAAUCAGCGAUGACUCUGCCUCGGCGGUAAACGAAAUUAGAAAGCACUUUAUAGAAUCUGACUUGACAGGAAGAGAGGGGUUUAAAUAACGUCUACCUGCAGAAUAAUAUAAGUUUGAUAACUGGGUUUUCUGUAUAAUCUUUUUUGUAAGAUAUGACUUUUUUUUUUUUUUUUUGCCUUAUAAUAAAGAAACUACUUAAUAUUC